GCCGGGGCGGCCCGAGGCACCUCCGCCGCUCCCCGCCCGGCCCCGCGGCUCUCGCCCGCUGCGUGCCGAGGGGCCCGGCUCGGCCCGGGCCGCCCCCGCGGGCUCAGUAGUUGACUUCAAAUGGCUGAGAAAUCAAGCAGAGGCCCGCAGGAUGUCCUCAGCUCUUCUCCUGAUGAAAAUGAAUUUCCUUUUGGAUAUCCCACUAACAUCUGUGAAGAUGCACCUGAUCAGAAGUACCUGUGCAGCAACUGCAACAAUAUUCUGAAGAAAGCCCUGCAAACGCUCUGUGGGCAUAGGUACUGCUCAGCCUGCCUGUCGUGGAUUGUACGAAACAAUAAAAAUCCAAUUUGCCAGAAAUGUAAGGAGGAGGAUCCCAGUACUUUAAGUGAAGGAAGCCUAUUGGCAGAAGAAAGGGCUUUUGGCGAUGCUGCCAUUAAUAAAGAGAUUUCUGAGCUCAAAGUACGCUGCGUGACCCCUGGAUGCAGUUGGUCUGGUAUCAUGAAAAUUUUUGAAGAGCAUCAGAGUUUAUGUGAAUAUGCUUUAAUCCCUUGUCACACUGGUUGUGGACACAUGGUAAUGAGAAAGAAUCUUGCAGAUCAUUUGGAAAACGGAUGUGUUAAUAAUGUGACAAUGUGUCAGAAGUGCAAGCGGAGCCUAUCCAGUAGUGAAUACCAAAAACAUUCAUGUGAAGGCAGUUUAUGUAGGGAGCAGAAACGUGUGCAAACAGAAACAUCAUCAAAGGAAAAGAACCACUCUACAGUCUUGAUCAACAAGGAUGGAUGUCGGUUUUCUGAAGUUGGCUGUUCAUUUAGGGGAAGCAAAGAGAAGAUGAAGGAGCAUGAAAAAACUGCAGUUGGGGCCCACAUGCUGCUUCUGCUGCAGCACAUAAAGCAACUGAAGGCAAGCUUGUGCACUGUUUCCAAAGCUGCAAAUGGUUUCGUCCCACAAUCACAGCUGAAUGUGAAUGUUGCAGACAAAAGCAUCCCUGAUCUGCAGAUCCCAGGCGGUCUGGAAAUCAAUGGGGAUCUGGAAGUAGACUGUUUUCCUGCAUCUUCUGUUCCUGAAGAUGAAUCUGUUCUGCAGCAACUUGUGAGGGAGAAAGUGAUUUCUGAGCUAGAAAAUAAGCUACACGUGUUUGAGAAUAUUGUGUCAGUACUCAAUAAGGAAGUGGAAACCUCUAACUUGGAAAUCACAGCCUUUCGGAGACAGAGUGAACUUGACCAAAAUAUAAUACGAGGCCUUGAACUGAAGAUUGCAGAGUUGCACCGGUGCCUGACCCAGAAGGAUGCAGGCCUCAGCAAUCUUCAUAAGAGUCUUCUGUUCUCUGAGCAAGCGUCCUACGACGGGGUCUUUCUGUGGAAAAUAACAGAUGUUGGUCGGAAGUUACAGGACUCUGUGACGGGAAGAACAGUCAGUUUGUACUCACCAGCUUUCUACACUGCAAAGUAUGGCUACAAGGUUUGUCUGCGGAUUUAUCUGAAUGGGGAUGGGACAGGAAAAGGAACCCAUGUGUCACUGUUCUUUGUUGUUAUGAAAGGAGACUAUGAUGCUCUGCUCCCUUGGCCUUUCAGACACAAGGUUACAUUUAUGCUGCUUGACCAAAAUAAUAGGGAACAUAUUAUUGAUGCAUUUCGCCCAGACUUGACUUCUGCUUCCUUUCAGAGACCAGUGAAUGAUAUGAAUGUUGCAAGUGGCUGUCCCAUGUUCCUCCCUUUGACCAAAUUACAGUCACCUAAAUAUGCCUAUGUGAAAGAAGACACACUUUUCCUUAAAUGCAUUAUAGAAACAAAUUCCUAAAUCUUGAAAUAUGGGUGUCUGGUAAAUCGACCACUGAAAUUCAUUAGUUUACGAGAAAAAAACCAUCAGCUUGAGACAUCGUAUUAGUUUUCAUUUGCACUCAAAAUCCAGAGAGCCUGAGCCUGUGCUGCAUUGAAUUAAUUCAGAUCAACCGGAUCUGCCCGCUAGCGACAGUUACUGCUGAGCAUGCUGAGUGCUUUGCCCAGUGCCACAUGGAGUGUGCUACUGCAAAUGAGAACUGUGAUUAUUUCAUGAAACAGCUGAUACUCCUGCCUUAGAUGUAGAUUACAGUCACACCCCUGCAGAUUCACAUGUGGACAGAGGGGCUGCUCCUUCCCACGUGUGCCCAGGUAUGUGUGUCACUCUGGCAGAGUGCAGCCCAAGCUCCCAUCUGGCAGCCUUGGCUUGAGAGGUUGCAGGGUUGCAAGAGGUGAGGCCGAGCUUUCCACAUCCUCCAGUAGCACCGAGGCACGCGGCUCACUUUUCCAGGAGGUUCCAUGCACCUCUCAGCUGCCCUGGCUGGCAGCCCUGCAGUGGGAUUUUGGCUGUUCCCUGCCAGGGACAAGGGCAGAUUCCUUCCCCUGAGGCUCCAUUUGGGUGUCUUUGUGCUUUUUGGUAACCUUGAAAGCAAUGAGUUGUGGAUAGCGUUUGUAGCUUGAAAUCCUUCUACUGGAUGACUUAUUUCUUGCUAUUUAUUUUAGUCCUAUAUUUAUGUGCUCUGUAAAAAAAAUGCACUGUUGCAUCAGCAAUGUGACCAGAUUACACUGUGCCUGGGGGAAAUCAACUCCAGUGUUUCUGAAAGGAGUAGUUUGACUUUCCCACUUCAAACGUGGAGCUCUGAGGGUUAAUCCCAGGGAAGUCCAGAGCUGCCGGAUCAAGCAGUGGUAAGGACCCUUCAGUAGCUUUGUUUUAAAGUGUUCAGUGUCUUCUGAAACUUCAAGGCAAGUGACUAAUUAGGAAGCACCGAUCUUUUUCCUGUUUAUUUAUUUUUCUGUGCUCUGAUUUUUCUUUUUACAUGCUAAAAUGGAAAUAUCUACUAGAAAAGUUUUUAUCCUUUUUUUUUUUUUUUUAAAUAGAGGCAAGGAAUGAAUAGAGACUAUUUUUACAAUCAAGUCAAGCUUGCAAAUGUAUGAAGUUCAAAUGCUAAACCUUAUCCUCCAAAACAGCAAGCAUCAUGCUCUUUAUUCCCUACUUAACAACUGAUUGGCAAAAUCACUGGAGUCAGGUUUUGGUGCAGCAGUUUCUGAACUUCCAGCAAACUCAUGCCAGCAGCACAGCUUGCUCGUCCAGGACCGCAAGGCAUUCUCCAGGACCAGUGGGACUGUAGUGCACAAACCCAAGGCCUGAUCUUGCAGACAGAGGCAAGCGUGUAUUUAUGAGUGAAAGGCUUUUAUGCAACUAUAUUCAUUUUUCCUCUGCAAUAUUCCCCAUGUCUCACUUGAAAACUCAAAACUGAGAGACAAUAUUGUGCCCACUGCAUGAGAAGGGAAAGGAGAAACUAUUUGUCCACUGAUAUUUUGCAAACCAUGGAAACAGCAGCUGUCUGGUAGAGCUGGUGAAAUGUCAUGUGCUGUAACUAACCUCCAGCCUGACUGCUGACUUACGAACAGAUAUUUCAAUCUCUCAUUUCUAUCUCGACAGCAUCCUUUUAAAUAAUUAGUUGUGAUGAAGUAUCAGAUUUCAGAAAACAAAAAAAAUUCAUAAACAAAUAUCUGUCAAAGGUUGUUUGGGAAGGAACUGGAUGUUCUUUGCCCUGCCCCAUAGUUUUUUUCUCUUCCGUGUUUGAAAUGUUCUUUCAGGCACAGAAAGUUAUUUUUCCAGUUAUGUGCCAGACCCUCUAACCACACUGGAGUAAUAUGCCUAAAAAUAUUACGCUUUUCAUAGCUGUGCAAUUUUGACAAGUGCUGUAUUUAUUACAAUCAUUCAUAUUUUCUUAACAUUUUAUUUAUUUCCUAAAUAAAGCUCACUAACGUAAAAAA